AUGCGGAAGCUGGACCUUGACAGUGCCUUUGGAGGAAAUUCGGAGGUUCUUCAGGCCGCUAUUUUGCGCGAUUCGUUAGAAAGCGGCGGCAUAGACGGCGACGAGCCCCUGCUGCGCCUCAGUCCCCCCCGACCCAAGAGUUCUUGCAAGGAGGUUUCUAUUGCGUUGCUUUUGCGUGUGAGCGAAUGGCAUUUCAACACACUGUGCAACAGACCGAAGCUCAAGGAAAGCAUAUUCGAAUGCAAAACAGAUGCUUUUGAUCCUUUUGAAAUACCCUUUGGAGAUGAAGAGAGCUUUCCUCUCCCCUUUGAGGAUUUCGAGGAAUUCGAAUCGGUGCCGCUGGUCCAUACACCUCCCGACCUGGCAGACCAUCCACCAACGUUGAUGUUUACUGCCUUUCAGAGUUCUGAAAGCUUGCAUGUAAUAAAGCCAAAUUAUUCAGAAAGCAGGAACUUGGCCGGAUGGUUCCUUUCACCCUGGGCUGAGGGGAAAUGUAGAACGGAUGAGUGGGAUGAACAGAAACUAGAGGGGGCCAUCAUUUUAGCUGCUUCUUCUGCUGCACAUCACCGAGGAAUGACGCACUUUGCAGUGGAGAGCUGUUGGCUUGAGGGCAGCAAGCAGGAGCAUGAGUCCCCUUCACCGGUAGAAGGAAGUGAACAGAUCCUGCCUAAAAAAAGCCAUCUGUCUAUACACUCAGGACCAGCUCAGAUCAACAAAAUCAUAUUCCCCCAUGGAGUUCAAUCUGUUGCUCGAUUUGCUAAAGAAAAGGGACUUCUGUUCGGCUUAGGCCUCACCGUCUCUUCCGUAGAUUGCCCUGAACUUGAGCCUUCUCCAGAAGGAACAACAAGUGCACUGAAAGCUGCCGAUUACCUCUAUUAUCAUUUUCGUUGGCUCAACUCGUGUGCUCAGACACCAGAAGAAGCAAAAUCAGAAUUUAGACUGUGGGGCGCAGAAGCAAAGGCCUUCGCGCCGUCCCUGCAGCUCUUCUGCUCGUGGACACCAAACGGAGAUGCCGGAGCAAAAUCGAAGGCACACAAAUUGUCUCCUUAUCAGGCAGCAGGUGCCUCAGCCCUGCAGCAUGAAGAGAAAGAAAAAGGCAGUGCAGGAGCCAGCCUCAAGGCCUCUGUCCAGCAGCUCCAAACCUGGGGAUCCGAUCCCCACAAGCUGGGAUCGGAUCCCGUUUCUGUGGAAAAUGAAAGACGGAGGCGUCUGGCUUUGGCUGCUCUCCUAGGGAGACAUGUGGCGGUGAGAGCGUCUUCUUUCCCUGACUUCCAACAUCAAGUAUCCCUUAUAGAAGACGGGGUCCUCCUUGCUGCAUUAGCCGACCCCCUACAGUCCCAAGUGCACCGCAGCAGCGGCUCUGGUGGGUUGGAGGUGUUGUGCAGACAGCAGGCGGAUGGAGACAGCGUAGUGGGUCUCUUUAAUAACGGAGAGGGGCCCCUCUCUGUUGCUGCAGCAGCAGCAGAUCUACUCAAGUGGUGCGGCAUACAGGAGACUGCGCCCCUCAAACUCACUCAGGCCUGGCCCCCCCAGCAGCAGCAGCAAGGGCAGCAGCAGCAGCAGCAGCAGCAGCAGCAGAUACUCAGCAUUGUUCUACCGCCUGGUGGUGCCGGUCUUGUGCAGAUGGAGUGGAUAGACCCCUUAGGAGAGCAGCAGGAGGCGCGCGUGCUGGAGUUGCCUUUGGGUGUGUCUAGGAUCGUCUUUGGAGACGCUCCCAGGGCCUCCCCCCUUUCUUUGCUGUUGCGAGAAGGCGCAGCCCCCUCCUUUACUGGCAGCAGCAGGCUGCUGCUGCAAGGAGACAGCAAAGAAGGAGGGAGCAGCAGGAAGCUGUUGAGGGGGCAUAACAAGAGGGGAAAGCACCAUUAUCUGUCUCCUUUUGCUGAUGCUUAUAAACAUAAAACAAAGACAAGAGGAGACAGCAACAACCCCUUCGUCUCCUUUUUUAACCUCGCUCUAGAGACACUACUUCCCCUCGCCUUAGCCUCUGCAAUAGGGACGGAGGAUCGGCACAAACAAACAGCAAGAGUUAAAGCACCAGCAGCAGCAGCAGCAGCAGCAACAGCAGCAGCAGCACCCAAUAAAGCACAGCAGCAAACGCAUCCUGAGCCUCCCCAACAACCCCACCCCAAUAAACACCAUCAGCACAACCCCCACAGUCAGCCUGGGGAUAUAAACCUCUCUCCCCUUCUCUCCAGCCAGAAAUUCCCAGCAAAACACUCGCCUACAGACAGCAGAAGCAGCAGCAACAGCAGCAGCAGCAGCAACAGCAACAGCAGCAGCAGCAGCAACAGCAGCAGCAGCAGCAGCGGCAGCAGCUAUGGGGGGGGAUAUGUGCUGCUCUCUGGUUUGCUGGUGCUGCUGUGCGUGUCGCUUUUAGCAUUUUGGAGGGCUUUGCUGCUGCAGAGACAGCGCAAGACGAAGCCUCAGGGACUUCAAAAAAGCAAAUAUCACAAACCCUAA